AUGGAUAGACAAGACGAAACUCCCUCACCUCCGACGUUGAGAUUGACUAGACGUCGCCACCAUGUUGUUAUGGACAACGGUCUUGUUAGAGUCACAAUUUCCCGCCCCAGUGGUACCGUCACAAAAAUAAAUUACAUGGGAAAUCGUAAUAUUUUGGAUACUCCCCGACCCGAGACUCAAAGAGGGUACUGGGAUCUCGUAUGGAGCAAACCGGGGCAGCCUGAAGCAAAUUUCCUCAAGCUGAUAUCGAAAGAUUUCAAAGUAAUAGCUAAAAAUAAGAACCAAAUGGAGCUUUCCUUCAAGAACACAUAUGAUCCAUCCCUGGACCCCAAUGGCACUGAUCUACCCUUGAACAUGGAUAAAAGGUUUGUAAUGUUGCGUGGAGUAGCUGGUUUUUACACUUAUGCCAUAUAUGAACGCUUGGAAGGAUGGCCAGCCAUGAAUAUUAUCCAAACCAGACUUAACUUCAAGCUUGAUGGAACCCGGUUCAAUUAUAUGGCUAUAUCGGAUGAUAAGCAACGGUUUAUGCCUUCAGCGGAAGAUCUCCGACGAGGUAAACGUCUUGCAUAUAAAGAAGCUGUUUUGUUGACUAAUCCGUCCAAUCCGGCUCUCAAUGGAGAGGUAGAUGAUAAGUAUCAGUACUCACUGAACAACGAGGAAAACCGAGUACACGGUUGGAUCUCCACAAAGAAAAGGGACAAUGCACCAGGUUGGGUAUGCUCAUCUGGGCAUGAAGGAUUCUGGAUUAUCAUGCCCAGUUAUGAGUUCAAAACGGGAGGCCCCUUGAAACAAGAAUUGACUUCUCAUACUGGCCCUACUUGUUUAGCGGAUUUUCACAGCCAACAUUACGCCGGUAUAAAUUCAAAUGGACUAAAAUUUGAAGAUGGAGAGGCAUGGAAGAAGGUUUUUGGACCAGUAUUUAUUUAUUUAAAUAGAGAAUUAGACAACGUUGACCCUUAUUUGCUUUGGGAAGAUGCAAAAGAUCAGGCGCUGAAAGAAAUCCGAAAAUGGCCCUAUGAUUUUCCAAUGACACCUGAUUUUCCUCCCGCUGAUCAAAGGGUCACAAUUAUUGGCCGUCUUCACAUUAGUGAUAGGUGCUUAAAAAUUAGAGAUUUCCCAGCGAAGUCUGCAUACGUUGGAUUAGCUGCGCCUGGAGCCCCUGGAUCAUGGCAAAAGGAGGCCAAGGGUUAUCAGUUCUGGACUCGAACUGAUAAUCAUGGUAAGUUUACUAUAAAGAAUGUUCGAGCAGGCCAUUACAGUUUGUAUGCUUGGUUUUACACCAGUUUAAAUUGUACUAGAAGAAAUGUCUUCGAUCUUGGAGAACUUAUAUUCAUACCACCGAGAAAUGGUCCAACAAUUUGGGAAAUUGGCAUUCCUGAUCGGACAGCAGCUGAGUUUUAUGUACCUGAUCCAGAUCUAAGAUUUGUCAAUCCACUAUACAUUAAUCACACUGAAAAGCAUAGGCAAUAUGGUUUAUGGGACCGCUACACAGAUUUAUAUCCUCGUGAAGAUUUAGUUUACAUAGUCGGCCACAGUAAUUAUCAGAGGGAUUGGUUCUUCGCUCAUGUCAAUAGGCGAAUUGCAAAUAAUGUGUAUGUAGCCACAACUUGGCAAAUAUCAUUUUCCAUGGAUGAGGUUAUUUCUACUGCAAAUUAUACUCUUCGAUUGGCUUUAGCUUCUGCAUCCAUGGCUGAAUUGCAGGUUAGGGUGAAUGACGAAUCAAGAUCCGUCCCAGACUUCACGACGGGUCUAAUUGGAAGGGAUAGUGCAAUCGCAAGACAUGGAAUUUAUGGAUUACAUUGGGUUUUUAGUAUUGAAAUACCGGGCAAUAGGCUUCUGCUCGGAAACAAUACAAUCUUUCUCAAGCAAGCUAGGGGCGGAUAUGUUUUUGGUGGCGUAAUGUAUGAUUACCUUCGUCUUGAGGGACCAACGAAUGCUACGUCCAAAAAUGGCUAA